AUGUUGAGGAUAUUACUGUUAAUCUCCGGUCUUAGAGCCGUGCAGAGCGCCUCGUGUGCCUUGGGAAGUGAUGUUAUUAAGCUCAGGUCAUGGAGCGGAGGCUUUCAGAGUCCUGGGUGGGCCGAGAAUUUGUAUCCGAACGACCAGCAGUGUCAGUGGGACAUUCAGGUCAGCCAGGGCAGCCGGGUCAACCUGACGUUCAAAUCAUUCAGCCUGGAGGAAGGUGUCUACAGAAACAGUCCUCCGACCAGCACAAAGAUCUGCAGGGACGUAGUCAAGAUUGCAGACGACACCAAUGUCCUGUUUUCGGGCUGUGGGACAGACGGGGACGGAAUGUCUUUCUUGUCUUCAGGAAACAAUAUGACGAUCAUUUUCCAUGCGGACGAGAGCCUAAACGAACAAGGGUUUGAGGCUUUCUACGAAGGAGUAUGCGAAAGGAACAUCACCAGUAACAUGGUCCUAGAGUCCCCGGGAUUUCCAGACUCUCCUCCAGACAAUGUGACAUGUCAAUGGACUGUGGAAUCAAACCAGUCUGCACUCAUACUCAUCCGACCGCCAGAAGACGAGCUGCAGCGAUUUCCAGAGUGCAACGAUUCGUCCAUCAAAUGGGAGUCGAGUUCACUAGCACCGGACAGCCCGCUCCAAACCAAAGCGCUGUGCCGGACUGACUCGGUGGCUUUGUCGCUGAACAAUGUCGUCCUGACCUAUGAACCUAAGGCAUCAGACUUGGCAUGGAUUGGCCGCCUCGAAAUAAAGUACACAAACAGCGGGGACUGCAAGGACUUCUGCACCCAGAACAUCCAGGAAUGUCUGUCGCCACGUGUCGUUGCCUAUGACUACCGCUGCAUCUGCAAGUGCGGUUACCACGGGGUUAACUGUGAAGUGUACGAAGACCCAUGUGUCGCCAAGAACUGUAGCGGGAGCUGUACCGUCGUCGGCACAGGCAGCGACUUUGAGUAA